ACGUGAACGCCGUGGUGUUGCAAUAAAGACUGUAGAGUUUCAACUAAAAAUUGAUAAGAUGGCUGAUUCAUCAUUACCACCCUGCCCUCAUUGCAAGAAGUCCUACGAUGAAAAAGACCGAAAGCCAUUACUGCUGCCGUGUGGCCAUGUCUCCUGCCGAAGUUGUCUCUCCGCUUUGGAAGACCAAGAUGAUAUGAAAUGCGGCGUGAAGAAGUGCAAGAAGACUUGCUCUGAAAAUAUCUCGGAUUUGCCUACGGUGUACGAUCUAAUUCCGGCGAACUCUGGUGCCUCUGGAGAAGGUUCUGCCAGGAAUGGGCGGGACGUGGUACCUCUUGAAGCAAGUUCGGGUGGACCUACUGGGAGAGAAGUCGUUCCCAUGGAUUCGGAUGACUCUGAAUCGGUUUCUGUAUCUGCGGUUUCGACGAGUAACUCAGCUGCCUCUGGAUUCCAUACUUGUGACUUGUGCUUGGAUGACUACUGUGAAGCAAACCCACCUCGGCUGCUGACAUGUGGUCACGCUUUCUGUACCUUCUGCCUCAAAGAUCUUGAGACGAACGAUAAAUACGCUUGCCAGAAGUGUCGCAAAGCUCGCAAUAAAGGAACUUUGACUAAACUUCCCGUUGUUCUGACGCUGAUCCAUCCAAAAAAUGCAAAGAAGGAAGUCUCUCCCAGGGACCCACCAGCUAAAGUCCUGGAAAAAGUUGAACGCUUGCAACAGGAUGAAAUGCGACGCCCGUCAACCUCAAUUAAUUCUAACCCAAAAACUAUUGAAGUGCAAGUACAAGACCUCCGUGGGCAGACGCAUACGUUCAACGUGGACCCAAGGACGGAGACUGUGUUGAGGUUGCGGGAGCGCAUGCCAAAUCGUCCGGACGAUUGUCGCUACCUGACGUUCGAAAAUCGAACCCUGGAGAACCAUCGCCUGUUGGCGGAAUACAACCUUCGUCCGCACUGCACGAUCCAUGAACGGGGGCGUUUGUCGGGUGGAUGCUAUUAAAUAGAGAAUGCGUAUUGUUGUGAAAGCGUAUUGUAUGAUGUGGGGGAGAACCGACUAUUUGGUAGCAGCAAUAAAAAAUGCUCCAAGGUUCAUGACGGAUUGGCUACUAACUUCAAGUUUUUUUUAAAGAAAGAAGUACGGUUGACCGUCCCUAGUGGAUAACCUAUUGCAUUUAACGGUUCAAGUGAGAGUCAGCGGAGAAAGCCAUGUAAUCCAUGUAAGCGAUCUACACAUGUAAUCAUUCUUUAUGUUGCACUCGUAUCCUUUCACUUCCUAAUUUACUCGCAUGAUUUGACAUAUUAUUAAUGUUUCCUUUUGAUACAUAUCACGUCAUUGAAUUUGUGACGUGGCCUUUGUUCAAAGCUUGAAGCGAUUUAUUAAACUGGAAUUCCGCUUUCAGAACAAUUCUGCCUUCUGUAUACAUUUUGAUUCUACCAAAUUAAAAUUUCGUUCUAUUCGAACUACCUAUAUAUCUAUCGCAAUAAUUGCGCACGGAAUUAUAAAGUACAUAUUCGGGUUAAUAGCGUACAUUUAUUCGCGAUUUUUUUUUUUUUGUUUGGUUGAUGCGACCAUACGCAAGUGACUUCUUUGUUUAUAUAACCAAAGGGUAUUAAAAUGCAAGGGAUUGCCUGACGAAGCUGAGGAAAACGCUCAUAUAAUCUAAAAUAAUACGAGUGAUAGAAAA